GCCACCGCGCUGCCGUCGCUCUCCAACGCCAGCGCCGCCUCUCGCUCGCCGAGCUCCAGCCGAAGGAGAAGGGGGGUAAGUAAGGAGGUCUCUGUACCAUGGCUCGUACAAAGCCGACUGCCCGCAAAUCCACCGGUGGUAAAGCGCCCAGGAAGCAACUGGCUGCAAAAGCCGCUCGCAAUUGUGCGCCCUCUACUGGAGGGGUGAAGAAACCUCAUCGUAACAGGCCUGGUACUGUGGCGCUCCGUGAAGUUAGACGUUAUCAGAAGUCCACUGAACUUCUGAUUCGCAAACUUCCCUUCCAGCGUCUGGUGCGAGAAAUUGCUCAGGACUUUAAAACAGAUUUGCGCUUCCAGAGCGCAGCUAUCGGUGCUUUGCAGGAGGCAAGUGAGGCCUAUCUGGUUGGCCUUUUUGAAGACACCAACCUGUGUGCUAUCCAUGCCAAACGUGUAACAAUUAUGCCAAAAGACAUCCAGCUAGCACGCCGCAUACGUGGAGAACGUGCUUAAGAAUCCAGUAUGAUGGGAAACAUUUCAUUCUCAAAAAAAAAAAAAAAUUUCUCUUCUUCCUGUUAUUGGUAGUUCUGAACGUUAGAUAUUUUUUUUCCAUGGGGUCAAAAGGUACCUAAGUCUAUGAUUGCGA